AAUUUGUGACACAAACUCAGCUGAGAGAGAGAGAGAGAGAGGGAGUAGCAUAAAGCAAAGGCCUCGUCCCAUAAUCUCCCAUUCAGACUUUCCAGUUCAGCUUCCCAACCUCUCCCCAGACUCAGACCCCAAAUCCACAACUACAACUAGAUCGAUUUCUCCGCUUCCCUGCCAGCUAAAACGCCGUCGUCCAACUCCUCCUACAUAAUCCACGCGAAGCCCUUGGCUUCCAAAACCUACCCAAUUCAAUCUUUUCAUUUCUCUCUUUCUCUCUCUCUCUCUCUUCGGCUGAAAACCCAAUUGAGAAUAAUCCCCAAUUCGCCUAUACACACAUAUCAUGCAUGCGUAUAGCACCUUUUUGUUUCUAUUUUGAUCAAAAGUUUUCGUUUUCCUGAGAAUUUUUUAAUAAAUUUUCGAUCUUUUUGGGGGGUUGAUAAUCGAUGGAGGAUUGUUUGGGCAGCGACGAUGAGUACUACUACUCCGAUCAGGACUCUCUUGAUGGCAUCGAGAACGAAGACUCUGAUCCUCAGUGGAUUCCGCCGAAGGGCACCACAACUAAGGUAAUUACCAAAGAAUCUCUGUUGUCGGCACAGAAGGAGGAUUUGCGUAGGGUGAUGGACUUACUUUUCCUGAGGGAGCACCAUGCCAGGACUUUGCUUAUUCAUUACCGCUGGGAUGUUGAGAAGCUUUUUGCAGUCCUUGUAGAGAAAGGAAAACCUUGCUUGUUUUCUGAAGCAGGUGUAACUCUUGUUGAGCAUGAAGAUCUUGACCCACCACUGCCUAAUUCUCCAGUAAUGUGUGCUAUUUGUAUAGAAGAUGUACCUAGUGUUGACACGACAAAAAUGGACUGUGGACAUUGCUUUUGCAACAGUUGUUGGACAGAACAUUUUGUUGUAAAGAUAAAUGAGGGUCAAAGUAAGCGCAUUAGGUGCAUGGCUCACAAAUGCAAUGCCAUUUGUGAUGAAUCUGUGGUCAGAAAUCUAGUCAGUAAGAGGCAUCCUCAUCUUGCUGAGAAAUUUGAUCGUUUUCUUCUUGAGUCAUACAUUGAGGACAAUAAAAGGGUCAAGUGGUGCCCAAGUACUCCUCAUUGUGGGAAUGCAAUACGCGUGGAGGAUGAUGAGUUUUGCGAGAUAGAAUGUACUUGUGGUCUGCAGUUUUGUUUCAGUUGUUUAUCACAAGCUCAUUCACCUUGUUCAUGUUUGAUGUGGGAGCUUUGGGCCAAGAAGUGCCGAGAUGAAUCGGAGACAGUUAAUUGGAUCACUGUCCAUACAAAACCUUGUCCCAAGUGUCACAAACCUGUGGAGAAGAAUGGUGGCUGCAACCUUGUAAGCUGUAUCUGUGGACAAGCAUUUUGUUGGCUGUGUGGUGGAGCCACUGGUCGAGACCAUACAUGGUCAAGUAUUGCAGGUCAUAGUUGUGGUCGGUACAAAGAAGAUAAAGAGCAAAACGCUGAGCGUGCGAAGCGGGAUCUUUACCGAUAUAUGCACUAUCAUAACCGUUACAAAGCUCAUACUGAUUCCUUUAAGCUUGAAAGUAACUUAAAGGAGAGUAUACAAAAGAAGGUGGCAGUUUCAGAGGAGAAGGACUCGAGGCUCAGAGAUUUCAGCUGGGUAAAUAAUGGACUCUCCAGACUUUUCAGGUCAAGGAGAGUUCUUUCAUAUUCAUACCCAUUUGCUUUUUACAUGUUUGGAGAAGAGCUGUUUAAGGAUGAGAUGACAAAGGAGGAAAGGGAAAUAAAACAGCAUUUGUUUGAGGACCAGCAGCAGCAACUUGAGGAAAAUGUUGAGAAAUUAUCCAAGUUCUUGGAGGCACCUUUUGAUGAUUAUAAGGAGAAUGAAGUUAUGGACAUAAGGAUGCAAGUGAUCAAUCUCUCAGCAAUCACUGAUACCCUCUGUCAGAAAAUGUAUGACUGCAUUGAGAGUGAUCUAUUGGGUUCUCUACAACUUGGUAUCCACAAUAUAGCUCCUUACAAGUCAAAGGGCAUUGAGAAGGCAUCAGAACUUACUGUUUGUUGGGUCAAUAAAGCUAAUAAUGCUGAUAAAGAUCUACGAUUGCAUUGUGGCACAAGUGGAGGAUCAACGGAACCAGAACAACCUUCAGGUUCUGGAAGUUCAGAUGAGAGCGGAUGCUCUUCUAGAAAGCGUGCUAGGAAGGGGGCUCUUGGAGGUGGUUUUUUUGAUCUGAACUUGCCAGCAGAGGUUAUUGACAAAUCUGAUUCAUGAAAGCUGCAGGCUUCGUGCAGAAAAGGUGUACAGUCUCUAACGUAAGACUCUAUUUUUCUAUGACGGUAUCGUCAUUAUUAAACUCCCAAGUGUUUAACGUUUCUAGCUCACGAGUAUUUUGCGUCUUCCCCAUUCUUAUCCUUUUUGUUGCCAUUGGUCUCUAUGUGGAGAAAUUUGGAGUUCUCUCUUGGAAAAUACUUAUUUUGUAGAUAAACGUUUAUUGGGGUCUUUUUGGGGGAGCUAAAUUUGUAAAUUGUCCGACUGAAACUUGAGCUAUUCUUAAAUAGUAUUUUGGGAUAUAUUCAAAAAUUUUGGAGACUGGAAAUAAGCUGACUU